UGACCGAACCCAGAACUCACCUUCUCGUGCAUGAAGCAGGCGUACGACUGCGGCAUCAACUUCUUCGACACGGCCGAGUCGUACGCCGCAGGGCAGUCGGAGGUGGUCAUGGGCCAGGCGAUCAAGAAGUACGGCUGGAACCGCAACGACAUUGUCGUCACGACCAAGCUGAACUGGGGCGGCGCGAACGGCGAGGUGCUCGUCAACAACCACGGGCUGAGCCGCAAGCACAUUGUCGAGGGCCUGCGCGCGUCGCUGCAGCGCCUGGAGCUCGAGUACGUCGAUGUCGUGUACGCGCACCGCCCGGACAGGCUGACGCCCAUGGAGGAGACGGUGCGCGCGUUCAACCACGUGAUUGAGCAGAAGGGGUGGGCGCUGUACUGGGGCACGAGCGAGUGGAGCGCGGAUGAGAUCGCCGACGCGUGCGGGAUCGCGCAGCGUCUGAAUCUUAUCGGCCCCACGGUCGAGCAGCCCAUGUACAACCUGCUGACGCGCAAGAAGGUCGAGGGCGAGUUCCAGCGCCUGUACAGCCGCUUCGGCAUCGGGCUGACCACCUUCUCGCCGCUGAACUUUGGCCUGCUGAGCGGCAAGUACAACGACAGUCCUGACGCGCCGCCGGCGGGUUCGCGGUUUGCCGAGGGCGACGACAAGUUUGUGAACAGCAUGAGGGAUUCGUACGGAAACAGCGACUGGACGCGGAUCAUCGACAAGGCGAGGAAGCUGAAGCCGAUCGCGGAGAGGCUGGGCGUCACGCAGUCGCAGCUGUCGCUGGCGUGGUGUCUGAAGAACCCAAACGUGUCGGCUGUGAUUACGGGUGCAAGCCGGCCGGAGCAGGUUGUGGAGAACUGCAAGGCGUUGGCGGUGCUGGAGAAGCUGACGCCGGAGAUUCUGAAGGAGAUUGAUGAGAUUUGUGGCAAGAUUGAGCUGGAUCCGGCCAGACAGGAUUGAGCUGGAUCCGGCCAGACAGGAUUGAGCUGGAUCCGGCCAGACAGGAUCGAGGGGUGUCGAGGGAGACUGGAUUGGGGGGUGUCGAGGGAGACUGGAUUGAGGGGUGUCGAGGGAGACUGGAUUGAGGGGUGUCGAGGGAGACUGAAUCGAGAGGUGUCGAGGGAGACUGGAUUGGGGGGUGUCGAGGGAGACUGGAUUGGGGGGUGUCAAACGAGACUGAAAGAAAACGGGCGACAAUCAAAGACAUGCGGAGACGGCGGGGUAUCAUUCAAACUCGCACAAGGGCCCAUGUAGUCUGUAAAUCAAGCCGCGGCAAUGUGUCCCACGCCAACAACGGUCCAAAAGGCCUCCUCCCUCCUCUCCUUGUCGCCCCUAG